AUGUCUCAAAAAUCAGUUAAUACAUGUAGUGGUAUUAAAAUUGAAAAAAUUAAAAACAAAGAAUCAGAUGGCGAAAGAAUAUCACCAGGAGAAUAUUAUAUGCAAAGUGAGCUGUAUACAUUGAUGUUCAAUCAAAGUAAAUGCAGAAGAGCUGAUAGAGACUCAGAAAAUUAA